AUGUCUCAACAAACAGUCUUCCGAUUUCCCGCCAGAAACACCUUUGACGACCUUGCGUCGUAUCAAGAGGCAGUUCCCAAGCCCGCUCGCAAUGACGUUCUAAUCAAGGUGCGAGCUGUAUCCCUCAAUUCGAGGGACUGUCAGGUCGCCACGUCUAAGUACCCUUUCUUCAUCAAAGAGAACGUCAUCCCUGGCUCCGAUGCGGCCGGAGAUGUGGUCGACGUCGGUGAGGGAGUACGCGACUUUGUCAAGGGAGAUCGGGUGGUCGUGAACUUUGACAACACCCGGCUAUAUGGGCCCGCCAAAGAUGUCGUGUCCGGUCAAGGGGGUGGCCGAGACGGUGUGAUGGCUCAGUAUAUCGCACGGGACGCAUCGGCCGUCGUCAAGAUCCCCGCUGGUUCGCCGCAGUCAUACAGCGAGCUGGCUUCGCUCGUUUGCACGGGCGUUACGGCUUGGAAUAGUUUCUACGGAAACAAGCCUCUCAUCGCUGGUCAAUCAGUCCUUGUUCAAGGCACCGGCGGGACCUCGAUGACCGGUCUCGUACUGGCCAAAGCAGCGGGUGCAAUCACCAUCGUCACGUCUUCCAGCGAUGAGAAAUUAAAGACCGUCAAGGAACUGUUCAACCCGGAUUACUGCAUCAACUACACUAAGACCCCGGAUUGGGCGUCAGAGGCCGUACGACUCACCGGAGGCAAGGGUGUGGACCAUAUCCUGGAGAUUGGAGGUGUCGGAACCAUCGAGCAAAGCCUAUCUGCAAUCGCACAAGGCGGCGUAAUCAGCAUUAUCGGAUAUUUGGCUCAGUACGACCCCGCGAAAAUUCCUAAUAUUCUGCUGCUGGCACUGGGCAAGGAAGCUGUCUUGCGUGGGAUUCAGAUUGGACCGAAGUGCAUGCUGGAUGAUCUGGUAACCCUGGUGUCGAGACAGAAGUUGCGAUUCCAGAUUGAAAAGGAGUAUGCUUUCACUCGGGAGGAUAUUGUGGCCGCCUACCAUGAUCUUGCAUCAGGUAAGCACAUUGGAAAGAUUUGCAUUGUGGUUGAGUGA